AUGCCGGACAAUCCUCCUUCCGACAACCUCUUCGUUCGUUUCAAGCAAAGAGUUGACAACCAUGUUGCCUCUGUUUUUCAUAGCGUGCUGGGCAUACCGACCGCAGUCACACGCAAUUUGAAUGGCCGCUGGCCUGAACCUCCUAGACCUCAAGACGAUGAACGCAGAGCCGUUCCGGAUGACAGUCUUCAGCCUCGAUCGUCGCCUUCUCCGUUCCCCCAGCCAACCGUCUUUGAGCUCUUUUCAGCCAUGUCCCCUAUGCAAGCCCUCUUCAGGGCGGAGGAGUUUACCGAAUCCCUCUACCAGGCGAUGUGGAUUUCGUUCCUGAUAGAAUCCCCAUAUUCACCCCUGAUGCUUCGCGACAUGCCACAGCCGACCCCCAAAGACCUUCCUGCAGGCGCCGACCCAAGCCUGUUUGGCUUUGAGGACGCCUUUGAGGACCUCCUGAUGGUGAGCAGCGGCCAGGGCCUCCCGGACAUCGACGAGAGGCAUCGCGUCAAGAAGGAAUGGAGAGAAUCCUUCCCCAAAGGACUACCCCCUAUCCUCUGGCUUCACCAACUCACACGUCAGGGCCUUUGGGACGGCUGGGCACCCAGACCAGAUGUGCUCGAGGGAGCCAUCAGUGAGAGAUGGCAGCGCUGGUUGCAGGAACAGGAUGAUCCUUUUCAUGAGCGGAAGGCUCUUCCCACCCCAAAAGGAAAUCCUCCGAAGGAGUUUGAAGAGAACAGGUCAGAGGACGUCCAGCGGGAGACACAACAUCGCGCCGAAGAGGAACAUAAGGAAACGGAAGAGGAUUCGUAUUUUUCAGUUAUGGGUAAGGCCCGCUUCAGUGGUUCAGGGCAAACAGAAACCGGUGGAACGGCGGGUUCGAACACCAACGACCUAUCUACGGAAGGUCUUCCUCCGGGCUGGAGAGUAAUACAAAAUGUACAGGAACGUGACGACGGAAAGGGCAACAUCAGUGUCACCAAGACCAUCACAACCUUUAACGACAAGGGUGAGGAGGUCAGUAGGCAGACGGAGAAACGCUCCGAUUAUACCUGGUCAGCAAGCUUUUCUACCGGGUCUGGAAGCAAGAGGGACCAUCCACAAGAGAAUGACCCUAACGAAAAGGGCAGUUGGUUUUGGAAAUGA